UACAGAUUCGAGGUAUACAGUGCACGACUGAGUCCCUUCAGCUACUGGCUUGCAUACAAAAAUCAACGCACGAUGUCACUGAUUUCUGACUCCAUCUAUGCGGCCUCUCCAACCACAGCUAGAGGCACUGCGACCCCUCUUUCGUCCGACCCCAAGGGAGAGCGUAUAGCUUAUGCAUCCGGGAAAUCCGUUUUUCUGCGAUCUAUCGACAAUCCCGCCAUCAGCAAGCAAUACACUCAGCACACCGCACAAACGACCGUCGCUCGCUUCUCGCCGUCUGGCUUCUACGUGGCUAGUGGAGAUGUCUCGGGCUCUGUAAGAGUUUGGGACUGUGCUGGCGAGGGCGCUACCAAGGGAGAAUAUCACAUUAUUGCUGGUCGUAUCAAUGAUCUAGCCUGGGAUGGAGACUCGCAACGCAUCAUUGCUGUAGGCGAUGGCAAAGAACGCUUCGGGCACUGCAUUACCGCGGACAGCGGGAAUAGUGUAGGCGAGAUAUCGGGACAUUCCUCGCAGAUCAAUACCGUCGCUAUCCGGCAGCAAAGACCUCUGCGUGCUGUCACCGGAUCUGACGAUACCAGCCUCGUCUUCUACCACGGCGCGCCCUUCAAGUUCAAUACCAGUCUGAGAGGUCAACAUAACCGUUUCGUCUUCGGAUCUGCUUUUGCACCCGAUGGUUCUGUUUUCGCCAGUGUUGGAGCAGACAAACGUAUUUGGCUGUACGAUGGGAAGACUGGCGAAGCCAAGGGUCAGAUAGGCGAGGGCGAACAUACCGGCAGCAUCUUUGGUAUCUCCUGGUCUAAAGACUCGAAGCGAUUUGUAACUGCAAGUGCAGAUCAAACAGUGCGCAUUUGGGACCCCGAGGCUGGGAAGGCCGUUCAGUCUUGGAGAAUGGGUGAAGAGGGCGUGCCUAGCAUUCCCGAUCAGCAGGUUGGUGUGGUUUGGCCGAGCGGCCGCAGCGACGGCCUCAUCAUCAGUGUGGAUCUCGAAGGAAAUCUCAAUUAUCUUGUAGACGGAAAUCCUAAACCAUCUCGCGUGGUCCGCGGUCACCAGAAGAACAUCACCGCUGUCGGAAUCUCCGGGACUACCUUAUUCACAGGCAGCUACGAAGGACGUGUGUUGGCAUGGGAUACGGAGUCUGGAAUCGCUGAUAAAGUUGAAGGAGACAGCCACUCGAAUUACGUGGCGGGCAUCACCGCCUCCGACUCGAAAAGUGAGGCUGAGGUCUUCACGGUAGCGUGGGAUGAUACCCUUCGUUCGGUGUCUGUUCCGAGCAAGAUUUUUACUGGCACAGCAGCUCAGCUCAAGUUUCAGCCAAAGGGUAUUGCAUCGACAUCAGACGUCGUGCUUGUCCCCUCUUCUGAUUCAAUAGCUGUUUAUUCAAAUGGCAAGCAAGCGAGCUCUAUUCCUGUCAAGUACGCUCCUACAUGUAUAGCUGCACAUGGCACAAAAGUCGCAGUCGGAGGAGAUGAUAAACUGGUGCACGUUUAUACACUCGCCGGUACUGAACUGACCGACGCCGGGAUCGAGCUACGUCGUGCGACUGCCCCGGUCUCUGCCCUUUCCUUUUCGAGGACCGGUGAGAAGCUGGCUGUUGGCGCGAACAACGGCAAGAUCUAUGCCUUCGAGACAUCCGGUGAGUGGAAGCUCAUCACGGAUAGAUGGUCCGCCCAUACAGCGCGUGUUACCUGCCUCGCUUGGGAUGAAUCUGAGAAGUAUGCUGCAAGUGGUUCGCUUGAUACAAAUGUCAUGGCAUGGAGUGUAGAAGAUCCAGGCAAGCGAAUCAAGGCAGUGAAUGCACACAAGGAUGGCGUCACAGGGGUUGCGUGGGAGAAGGCUGGAAAGAUUAUCUCUGCAGGCGGAGACGCGAGUGUCAAAGUAUGGGUCCAAGGCUAG